AUGGACACAGCGAUCGCGCCUCAGCUGAGCAGUUGUGUCUUUUUGUGGGAGCGGCUACCGCUAGUACCCUCGACCAUCGUGUCCUCGUCGAAAAGCAGCCUUGUGCGUCUGCCCAGCUUAUCCAGUAUGACGACGGUCUCGACUGCACGAUCCGACCCGACCAGCACCGUCGGAUCGUCGCCACAGUUCGUGGCCUUGAACGACAUUGUAUCGCCACCCAAUGAACUGGGCCUCGCACGUCUGCCAGCCAUCAGCUUCAUGGUCAACCGUGACGCAAGUCCCAAGAGCAAUUACAGUCCCGUGAACAAGGAGAGCACAGACUUAUGGAAGCAGUACCACGACACCACGAACGCGUGGCUGCAAUUGCCAGAGCAACCGCACCAUAACGUUCGAGCUGACGCUACUUGCAGGCAGCAACCGAUGCCAACGAUCGCGCUGUCGCCCGACUGCUCGAACACGUGUGAUCGAGCCAAGCGCACCGCCGCUGCCAAACUUUGCGGGAAGACAGAUUGCAACAAGCGUGCCAAAGCCGGGGGCUUUUGCAUCUCCCACGGCGGCGGCUUGCGCUGUAUCAACGCGCACUGCACGAAACACGCACUAAGUCUCGGUCUGUGCAUCCGGCACGGCGGCGGCAAGCGAUGCACUGUGGAGGGCUGUUACAAUGCAUCUCGAAAGGCCGGUGUGUGCUGGAGCCACGGCGGCAAGCGUCAGUGCAAGGUCGAGGGAUGCAACAAAGGACCCAAGACCGGCGGCUACUGCUGGCGUCACGGUAGCAAGAUGAAGAACAAGGCGGCUGCAGUGUGA